AUGACUGUGAAGAUGGCGGCGAUCACUUCCAAGACUUUGACAGGAAAUGAUGAUGGCAAUGAUGAUGAGGACAUUGUGCCACCAAUAGCCCAGUCUGAAUCAACGGAUCAAUGCUUGGAGAUGCUGCGACGCAUCCAGGACAUGGAGAAGAGGAUCCAAGAUGAAGACAAUGAGGUGAAGCAUUCAGAUCCGCCACAGGAAGAUGCUGCCCCAGGGAGUAAAGACCUUCAAGCACUUUUUGAGAUCCCGGAGGAUGCAGUGCAGUUUGAUUCUUCCAAAUCCAUGCUUGGAAGGUGUGCUUUGAGUGUGUUCCGCUUUGGGAAGCAGGGAUGUAGACUCACCAGCUUUCCUGUUCCCUUUGAAGCAGUGGCCAAAAUCCGCAUGGUGCCGCUCCGGCGCAUUGCAGACGGCGAGGAGGAGGAGGCAUGGUACGGAUGCAAUUCCUUUUCUGGGUGCAUGCUGGUCAACCAAAGCAGGUUCAUCGCAAAGCUCACGGUCAAGGAAUGUUUGGCUGGCUUGGAUGGAAUGCGUGUGGCGUUGAGUGAUGAUGACAAGAUCGCCAUGCAGGAAGCUCAGGGCAGCUCAGAAUUAAUGGACAUGAUCCUCAGCGGCGAGAAGAAACCAGGCAGAAAGAGAACGCAGCAGACCACCGAUGCCGAUGAGGUUAAGCUUCCCCUGCAGAACAUCUUCGACGAGCAUGGCAAUGUCAAAAGCACAGGAGUGGCUUGGGAGGACACAGUGAAGAGAUCAGAGUUCUUCUCGAGCUACUUUGGUCAUGCGAAGAAGGGCGACAGGUCAGCGCUGAUCUUCAAGUACCUGGAGGACAUCAAGCGUGCUUUGAUGGAGAAGCCUGCAAGAAAGCAUGGUUUUUUCAAGCUGCUGUCCGAGAUCCCCAAAGGAUCUCGGAUGAUGAACGACACUGCAUGA